CCAGAAACCCCUCCCUCUCGUCCUCCCUCGCCUCCUUCCGCGCGGAGGGACGGACGGUGGGAUGGGGAGAGAAGUUUGCCUGCGGCGCGCUCCGCUCAACAUUAAACUGUAUUUCAUUUUAGGGGGGAACAGCAACAAGAGGAGCCCUGCGGAGAAGCUUUCCAGGGAAUGCUGAGGGAAUAUCCGAGAGCUGAGUCACACCCGCCGCUCACAGCUGACCCCCUUUAUUGGCUCCUUUGAUUAAAUAUAAAACGAGGGAAGUCAUUAAUGUCUCCGAACUAAAGGGGAGAACUAAAGGCUCGGGUCCAGUCGGAGGGUGCUUUUUAAUUUAAUUUGUGGAGGAAGAAGACGAGCAAAGCGGCGCAAGAAAAGAAGACGACCCUUCCGAGUGAGGAAAAAACAACAAAGAGUCCGACUCAGAAUGAAUAACAACAAAAUAGAGAAGGAAAACGAGCAGAGUGAAUUCACCAACCACGAAGAGGAGGUCCGAACACUAUUCGUCAGUGGGCUACCGCUGGAUAUCAAACCACGGGAGCUAUAUCUCCUCUUCAGACCAUUUAAGGGUUACGAAGGAUCCUUGAUAAAGCUCACUUCUAAGCAGCCAGUGGGGUUUGUCAGCUUUGACAGCCGAUCAGAGGCAGAGGCUGCUAAGAAUGCCUUGAACGGUGUCCGUUUUGAUCCAGAGAUUCCCCAAACUCUGCGGCUGGAGUUUGCCAAGGCCAACACCAAGAUGGCUAAAAACAAGCUGGUCGGCACGCCCAACCCCCCUCCCUCUCAGCAGAGCCCCGGCCCUCAGUUCAUUAGCAGAGAUCCAUAUUCGUUGGCUCCCUCCUGCAGAUGGGACUCCUCAGGGAUGGAAGUCCAGACAGUUCUGCUGAAGUAUGUGCAGCAGCAGCCUUAUGGGCUUCAGGACAUACCAGACCCCAGCCUCCAUCGCACAUCAAGCACCCGUCCCGAACCUCUUCCCGAAGUCUUUGCAACUCUAUUAGAUUUUUUUAUACUGUUACAUACUCGAGCUUUUAGAGGCAGCGCUUUGGCUACACCUCCUCUGACUCGGGCGAUGGAAAUGGUCCAUGUUUUCCGAUGGUGUUGCGUAUGGAAAGACCACAGGAGGAGAUCCAUGGAAGUGUGGCCAAAGUGCUUUUGAGUAAUGUUGUUAUAAUACUAGAAUUAUUACUAUUCUGUAUAUCAUUCAUAUCAAUGUUAUUAUAAUAAAUACAUGUCGAAGCAUGACUUUGCAAAAAAAAUAAAAAAUGAAAAACAACAAUGCUGUACAUUUUUAGAUAUUUUAAAGAAGUACAAAAAAGUAUUUUUGUAAUCAAGACAAUGUUGAAAUGUUUUGAUCGGUUCAUGUUGUGUAUGAGAAAUUGUCAUACCUUGAUUUUUGCCUUUUUUUGGUGUUUUGUGCCAUUUAUAAAAUUACAAGUUGUCCUUCCAUACCAAAGCAGUCAUAUCAGUUUGCCUCCUUGUCUUUUCUAAACAACAAUCUGUAGAUUUUGAUUUGCUAAUUUUUCCUUUUUCUUUUUUUUUUUUCAUUGAGCCAAGUUAAAUCAGAAGUCUCCUUUUUUUUUUUUGCGCUGUAGGCUGUCAUAAUCAGAUGUGCCAGUGGAGGCAUCGACAGGAUUAAAGCCAUCGCCGGUGAAAGUAAAAAAGUGACCCCAGAGACGACGAUGACUGGCAAACUCAACUCCACUAUUAUUAGAAAUCUGCUCCUUCAUUUUGUAGCAAGAGGACAACAGAUAAGUACAGAGAAACAAAAAGACCAAAGGCUUUUUUUUCUUUUCUUACACUGGUGUGCUAUUUAGAAUUCAAUGUCUCACUGCUUUGUAGUCCUCGGUCUGAUAUUUCUUAUGAAGUAAGAUAUUAUUUUUGCUGCAUGUCCCUCUUGGUGUCACUCCAAAGAGUCCUUCAGCAUCUGAAAGAAUUUUCACUUUAAGCGAUUUGUCUCUUUUGUCUAUUUUUAGGAAGCCUGCGUGAUUCAACCAGCUUUUGUCGAGUUUGUAUUUGCAUAUUAAUGAUCGAGAUGAGUGGGGGGGGGGGGAUAAUUUCGAAUCUGGUGUCUUUCUGCAAUAACAUAUGCUGUGCAACAUAUCAUGAACUGAUCAUGUUUCUGUGACAUUUUUAAUGACAAAAUUAUGAUCCUCGUCCCAUUUGUACAAAUAUCAAGCGCUUGUACUCGAUUCUUGUACUUUUCUGAUACAGAUGUGGCGCUAAAGAAAAAAAAAAACACUGAAAUGCUGUAAGAAGUAAACAAUACUCCCUGUAAUCUUUAAACCCAGAUAUUUAAGAUAAUCUAGGACGAGUUGAGUCAUGUACAUUUCUCAGUGUUUCUUCAUGUUGAAUAAUAAUAUGCAUCAUAUAACGGUGGACCAUAUCACCUGAGUACAUGAAGACCUUUUCUUUUUUUCUUGCUUUUACAAUUUUAAACCAAGUGUGGAGCCAAAUUUAUUAGAACAAGUAUUUAUAAAAAAAAGUGUUUUUUUUUUUUUUCUUUUAAAAGAUCAUAGAAGAUGCCUAUUGUAUGAUUCACUGUAAGUAUUAUUGUAAGUUCAAUUGUAUAAUCAUUUGCUUCUUUUGGUUUGUAGCUGUCUGAUUGGAACAGUCUGUGUUUGAUAUGUGAAUACUCCUAUAAUUCACUGUGAAAGUCGGAGAACAAAUAGAUCUUUUCAUGUUUUUCCAGCCUUAUGGUACAUAAAUUUCCUGGAGGUUGAUGAGACGACCCCUCUGUUAAUGAAAGAUAUUUCUUUGCUUGGUUCAGUGUGUGUAACUGUGUGUUGUGCAUGUUCACGGCAUGUUUGUUCUUUUUCUUAAUGCUUACAGUGCUGUUGAUAUUUAUGUACUUUAGCCACUGUGAGGAGGAAUUUGACCUCAGUGAGUUGCAGAAAUUUGUUGGUUUGAAACACACACACACAAAAAAAAGGUGAUCAAAUGGAGCCGUUUUUAUGAAUAUGUUAAAUGAAGACAUUUGGGUAAAUCUGCCAUUAAAGAUUGAGAUUAAAGUUG